GUGCGGUCGGGAAUUGUUGCUCCGCUCCGCACCAAGUUGCAGUCCGCGGCUCUUCCCCCGUGAGGCGGCGGCGGCGCGGCCGGGGCCGGGGAUGGGGGGACCGGCGGUGGCGGCUGCCAGGCGGGACGGCCCGCGGGCUCUGUCGCUGCCGCUGGUGCUGGCCGUGGCGUGCGCGGCGCGCAGCGCCGACGGGCCCAGCAACAUGUCCUACGUGAAGGAGACGGUGGACGGGCUGCUCCAGGGCUACGACAUCCGCCUCCGGCCCGACUUCGGAGGUCCGCCCGUGGAUGUGGGCAUGCGGAUAGAGAUCGCCAGCAUCGACGUGGUCUCGGAAGUCAACAUGGACUACACCCUGACGAUGUACUUCCAGCAGUCUUGGAGGGAUAAAAGACUCUCUUACUCUGGAAUACCUUUGAACCUAACUCUGGACAACAGAGUGGCUGACCAGCUCUGGGUGCCGGACACAUAUUUCCAAAACGACAAGAAGUCAUUUGUCCAUGGGGUGACAGUGAAAAACCGAAUGAUUCGACUCCAUCCAGAUGGGACCGUCCUUUAUGGCCUACGGAUCACAACAACAGCUGCUUGCAUGAUGGAUCUACGCAGAUAUCCUCUGGAUGAACAAAAUUGCACACUAGAAAUUGAAAGUUAUGGAUACACUACUGAUGAUAUUGAAUUUUACUGGAAUGGAGGAGAGUCAGCAGUAACAGGAGUUAAUAACAUCGAGCUCCCACAAUUUUCUAUUGUUGAUUACAAGAUGGUAUCAAAGAGAGUGGAAUUUACAACAGGAGCAUAUCCUCGAUUAUCACUUAGCUUCCGGCUUAAAAGAAAUAUUGGAUACUUCAUUUUGCAAACCUAUAUGCCUUCCACGCUGAUCACAAUUCUGUCGUGGGUAUCUUUUUGGAUCAAUUAUGAUGCCUCUGCAGCCAGAGUUGCACUAGGAAUCACAACUGUGCUGACCAUGACCACCAUCAGCACCCACCUCAGGGAGACCUUGCCAAAGAUUCCCUAUGUCAAGGCAAUAGAUAUUUAUCUGAUGGGAUGCUUUGUGUUUGUGUUCCUGGCCUUGCUGGAAUAUGCCUUUGUAAACUACAUAUUCUUUGGGAAAGGACCCCAACGUCAAAAAAAGGCAGCAGGCAGGGCAGGACAUGCUGCAGGUCAGAAGAGCAGACUGGAAACAAGUAGAGUCCAGAACAGAGGAAAUAAGCCACUCCACUAUGGAUUGCUGUGUGCAGACACUGUCUAUCCAUUUAUGCAGAAGAUAAGGAAGGGACAAAAACCAACAAAACCCACAAACUCUGACCAGCCACCUCAACAGCUCCUGAGAUAACCCAGCCUAGGUGAGAAGCACAGGAGGGUUCAGGAUGAAGAGGGAAGCAACACUUCUUCAGAAGUCAUCCUUGGCUUCAUGGGCCCCAGUGCACUGAACUGAGUAAAGGAUGAGAAAGUGUAAAGCGUAAGAGUGCAGGUAAGCUUUUUUUCCUACAUAUUUGGAGAGUUUGUUUAACUAACAAAAAGCCAUAACUCACAACUAAAAGCUUUUGUCUAAAAGUUACACUGGGAAAGGUUACACUGAGACCAGUACUCAGAGUGGGAUGGAAGGUAUUUACAACCACAUUUGUACUUUCAGGGUACCACAUGUAGUACACACCAGCAUUUUUCUGACAGAAAAUGGAAGGCAUACGUGCUUUGUACCAGGAUUUGUAAGUGUUCACACUUCAGACUACAAUUCCAUUAUGUGACUGAGAAUGCUUUAAGUGAACAGCCUGCUUUCUCCCUGUACAGUGCUGGUUUGUGACUUUAGAUACACAUAUAUAUGCAGUUACAGAUAGACACACACAUGUGAAUGGAUAUCAGUGGAUUUUGUUAUCCCACUGGAGAUACAUUGAUGUGGGACCCUGUGAGCAUUUAUUUUACUCAGUAUGGAAAUGCUGAUGUCCAACAGCCAUGUUUCUGUCUUUGGCAGGAAGGGUGCACACGACCGGAGCAGUGGGACACAGUAAGGUUAUGUGAUCUCUAGUGAAGACAGGUCCCAGCCAGCCCCUCUCCAUCAUAUUUUGAGAUUUUUCACGGGUAUUAUGAUGUCUGUACCAGAGCAGGGGAAAGGUUUUUUUGAGCACAAAAGAAGUAUAGCUGUAAGUAUAUACAGCUAUAAGAUAUUUUUUUCCUUUUUACUAUUGACCCACACCACUUAUCCAUACAGGGACCUAUAACUUAUAGAAGAUACAUAACAGUGCUUCCUCUCUCUGUGCCAGGUGAAGAUAUUGCUCAUUCCCAUCUGACAUGCAACGCCCAUGACUAGAAGCAUUGAAAUUCCUUCAGCAGAUAACAAAAGCAUUAGAUAUGUGAGCAACACUCAGCAAACUGACCGUGAUAUUAACACAGUAUAGAGGAGACCAUAUGGAAAAUGAAACCAUACUGCUGUGUUUCACAUGUGGCUGUUCCUUGCUCUACAGACUGAAGAAGGUGGAAAUAAAGCUUCUCCAGUUUCAUAACUUUAUACCAUUUUAAUUUUUAAUAUGAAAAAAAUAUUAAUUUGUAGUAAUCAAGCUUUCUGUUUCUCUGAAUAAAGCAUAACAACUGUUUAUAUCUCUUUGUCCAUUUGUCAUAGCUAGAUGUCACUGAGAAAACCAUCGUAAUUAUGGAUAAAUAGGACAAACCACCCAGCAAGAAAAUAUUUACAUAGUCCAUUCAUGCAACUUCUUCUGUUUCCCCAGACAAUUAUAAUGUGAAUAAUCAUUACAGAGAAGAUGUCUCUUAAGCAUGAGAAAGAGGUAGGAUGCAGUCAUAAUGUGAGUGAGAAAGGGGCUGAGCCAUCAAGGAGCUUAUAAAUAGCAACACAAGGCAGGUGAUAGAUGGUGUCUUGCUCCCCGGUUCUGCACAGCAUCACAUUUUCCUUUCAAACCACAGGCUCCAAGG